AUGGCUGCCGAUACCGAGUUCUCGUCAUUUGAUGAGAGUGCCUGGAAGGCCCAGAAUGCUGCCGACGACCGAGAGAUUGCGAAGCUGCUCGAGCAGAGCCAGGAGGGCGGUAAUGGCGGCCUCAAGCUCGACGAUACACCCUUCGAUCAAACCGGCAAGGCCGAGGACGCCGAGGACUUUGAGGACAUCAGCGACGAUGAUCUACCAGAGGAGGAGGAGCCAAGCGCUGGCGUUUCCAUGGAGAUGCCCGGUCUGACAGAUGAUGGCGGAACUAGUAAUGAUGCCGACGACCUGUUUGGCGAAGGACCAUCCUCACCCGAUCCGAUUCUCGGCCCUUCCUCCCCCGCGCCUCACGUUCGCGAUGCAGACACUGGUGACGAUACUCAGCCUAUGGAUGCUGGUCUCAGCUUCCCAGGCAUCAACUUCGACCCCGAACCCCAUCUCAACGGCGCGAACCAAGACCCCGACAUCCCUGCCCCGGCCGAAACCGUUGAAGAUCUCCUCAAGGCUACCUGGCCUGCUUUCAAGAAGGGACAUAUUCUGACCUGGAGUGAACUCCUUCCGGCCAAGAAGGCUACAUGGAAGGAGAAGAAGCCUGUCAAGAAGCCGAAGCCUCUUGUCACCAGCAAACUCACAUUGGAUCUCGCCCCCGACCAGGAAAAGCUCUUCCGCAUCCCCGGCACUGCAACCAUUACUCGUAAGGCGAAGCAGAAUGAAGAAAGGGGCCUCGUGGUGUGUGGUCAAGACGAUGCGAACCGAGCCGACGAUACUGUGCAAUUCGACCUUGACCAAGAAUCCGACUCGGAAACCGUUGCCGGCUUUACCCUCCGCGACAUCGAACUUGCCUGCGAGGACUGGAGUGUCCACAUUAACACUGUGGAGGCGAAUUUUAAGGCGAAGCAAGUCGCCGAGCAGGAACAGCAGCAAGCACGGAAACGCGCAUUUGAGGAGCAGGAUGAUGAGUGGGAUGCCGAAUUUUUGAUGGACCUUGGAGAUGAUGCGCCACAACGUCCCAAGAAGCGCAAGACCGUCCAGCUUGGCCUGCCUGAGAUUCCCCGAUACUCGGCUCCAUCGUUUGACAACUUUGAAGACACAACGCGCCGAGGCGCUAAGCGCGUUCAUCUCGACAUGGGCGACCCUUAUCUCCUUCUCGACACCCAAGACCUCCAGAGAAGCGCAAAGCGACCACGCCAAGACAACAAACUCAAGCGCAUGGCCAAUGGCAAUCUCGGCCGCGAUGUCUCCCAGCGAUUCAACAUUUCCAACGACGAGGCAUACGAGGCGCUCAAGGAGAACCACCAAAGCAAGGUCCGCGCAACUCUCGGCAACAUCUCUGUCGAACACAGUAUGCCUGCCAUCAAGCUGUUGUGGCCUUACUACAAGGUUAAGCUCAGUGGUACGACUGAUGAGUAUCAUCGCCCUCGCUUCAGGUACAAGAAGUUUGCUGGCCAUACCAUCAAAUUUGACAAGCCCAACCACCACAAGCGAAAGCAGAUGAAGGGCAAGGCACACGAAGUCUUUUUGAAGUCCAAGGACCUGAGCAUCAACGACAACUCCGUCGCCGUUCUUUACGAAUACUGCGAACAACGCCCCCGAGUUCUUAGCAACUUUGGCAUGGGUAACCGUCUCAUCAACUAUUAUCGACGAAAGGACAACAAUGAUGACGAACAGCUGCCCAAGCAAGAACUCGGCGAGUACCGCAUGCUUCUUCCUGAAGAUCGAUCACCAUUCUCCCUCUUCGGCACUGUUGACGCUGGUGAGACAGUUCCCACCUUGCACAACGAAAUGUAUCGCGCUCCCGUUUUCAAGCACAACCCCCGAGGCAGCGAUUUUCUCGUUGUUCGCAGCACCACUGGAGAGCACGGGUCCAAAUGGUUCCUGCACAAGAUUGACCAUCUCUACGUCGUUGGCCAACAAUUCCCUUCGGUGGAGGUUCCGGGACCUCACAGUCGCAAGGUUACGAAUGCUUCCAAGAACCGGAUGAAGAUGCUGGCUUUCCGUAUGAUUAGGCAUAGCGAUACGGACAAUUGCCAGCUGUCUGACAUCACUAAACACAUCGCCGAGUCAACCGAUACUCAGAACCGUCAAAAGCUCAAGGAAUUCCUUCAGUAUGACCGAGAGAGUGGUGAAAAGGGCAUGUGGCGUCUGAAGCCUGGAGAGAUUCUACCAGAUGAGAGCGCGAUCCGGUCCAUGAUCAAGCCUGAGGAGGUUUGUUUGCUUGAUGCAAUGCAACUCGGCAUCAAGGAGCUGGAAGAUGCCGGCUACGACCCUCGAAACGCUACUAUCGAGGACGAUGUUCAGAUGCAAGACGCAGACGGAGACGAUGAAGAUGCUGAUGAGGAUGGUAGCAGAGUGGCCAAGGGCACGAAGAAACAGCCAGAGAAGCAAGAAGAGACCCUCGCCGACAAGAUGGCGCCUUGGAAGACGACAAAAGCCUUUAUCGAUGCAUGCGCUCAAAAGGCCAUGCUGCAACUCCACGGCGAAGGCGACCCGACAGGCCAUGGUCUCGGUUUCAGUUUCAUUCGUACGUCUAUGAAGGGUGGUUAUAUCGAAGCCGUCCAAGGACCCCUUGCCACGUCGGCAGAUGCCAUGGAACGGGAGAAGCGAGCAAACGGUGGGCACGCUUACAACGUCAAGAAGCAGCAGGCCAUGUAUGAGGAGGGCAUCCGUGAGAUCUGGGAGAAGCAGAAGGCGACACUCUCAGAUGCUCAGGAACAUGACGACAAAGAUGUUGCAGUGACAGAAGAUGAGGAUGACAGAUUUAACGUGCAGUCUGCGAUGACCCCAGCGCAGUUCGACGACGGUACCAGCCAAAUUAGUGGUUUGACUUCAUCCAGCCGACACCCACGACGCGCAAUCCGCAUUACACGAGACGUCCGGAUGCCCGAUGGCACCAUCCAACAGCGAACCGAAGUUGUUCACGAUCCGGUUGUGAUUUCGCAAUAUAUGAAGCGACGAACUGAGGCGGACCUUGAAAUGAGAGACAUCUACAGUUCAAGGCCUACGGGCAAUGCCGACCAUGACCGUCUUGCAGGCAUUAGAAUCAAGAAGGAACUUGAGCGACUCGAGAAGAACAAGGCCCGACGACAAGCUCGAGAGCAGCAGAAGGAGCUGCACCAGAAAGCCAGCGCUGGUGAUGCCGCAUCACCGAGCGUUAAUGGGGAUAAGAUCCCCACUGGAACAACUCGCAAGUGUGCCAAUUGUGGCCAGGUCGGUCACAUCAAGACCAAUAAGAAGUUAUGUCCUCUGCUCAACGGUACGAUGAAGGCGGACAACGGUGCUGCCGAGCAUGGAGGCUUUGGUAACUACAACGCCCCAACGGGCACUGCUGGGUCACCAAGUUAG